CCGCGGCGCUCGGUGUCGCGGGCCCGGCAGGUGGAGCUGCUGCUGGUGGCCGACGCCUCCAUGGCGCGGCAGUACGGCAAGGGGCUGCAGCACUACCUGCUCACGCUGGCCACCAUCGCCUCGCGCCUCUACGCCCACGCGAGCCUCGAGAACCACGUGCGGCUCGCCGUCGUGAAGGUGGUGGUGCUCAGCGACAAGGACAAGGGCCUCGAGGUGACCCGCAACGCCGCCGCCACCCUCAAGAGCUUCUGCAAGUGGCAGCACCAGCACAACCGCCUUGAUGACGACCACGACGAGCACUAUGAUGCCGCCAUCCUCUUCACUCGCGAGGAUUUAUGUGGGCAUCAUUCAUGUGAUACUCUGGGAAUGGCAGACGUUGGGACCAUAUGCUCUCCUGAGCGCAGCUGUGCAGUGAUUGAAGAUGACGGCCUCCAUGCAGCUUUUACAGUGGCUCACGAAAUUGGGCACUUGCUUGGACUUUCCCACGAUGACUCCAAAUUCUGUGAGGAGAACUUUGGCUCCAUGGAAGACAAACGCUUGAUGUCCUCCAUUCUCACUAGCAUUGAUGCUUCCAAACCCUGGUCGAAAUGCACUUCAGCAACUAUAACAGAAUUUUUCGAUGAUGGUCAUGGCAACUGCUUGUUGGACCAACCAAGAAAGCAGAUCCUGGGCCCUGAGGAGCUCCCAGGACAGACUUACGAUGCCAUUCGCCAGUGCAAGCUGGCCUUCGGAGAUGAGUACACAGUGUGUCCCGGCAUGGACGUGUGCUCUCGCCUCUGGUGUGCCGUGGUCCGCCAGGGCCAGAUGGUCUGUCUGACUAAGAAGCUACCUGCCGUGGAGGGGACGCCCUGUGGGAAAGGGAGGAUCUGCCUCCAGGGAAAAUGCGUUGACAAAACCAAGAAAAAAUAUUACUCGGCUUCCAACCAUGGUAACUGGGGGUCCUGGGGACCUUGGGGACAGUGUUCCCGCACCUGUGGUGGAGGAGUUCAGUUUGCUUAUCGUCACUGCAACAACCCAGCUCCCAGAAACAACGGCAGGUACUGCACUGGCAAGAGGGCCAUCUAUCGCUCCUGCAAUGUCACACCUUGCCCAGCAAAUGCUAAAUCUUUCCGACAAGAGCAGUGUGAAGCAAGGAAUGGCUAUCAAUCUGAUGCAAAGGGUGUGAAAACAUUUGUUGAAUGGGUACCCAAGUAUGCUGGAGUACUUCCUGGAGAUGUUUGCAAGCUCACCUGCCGAGCCAAAGGAACUGGCUAUUAUGUGGUAUUUUCUCAAAAGGUAACAGAUGGAACUGAAUGCAGGCCAUACAGUAACUCAGUCUGUGUCCGGGGAAAAUGCAUCCGAACUGGCUGUGACGGCAUCAUUGGUUCAAAGCUCCAGUAUGAUAAGUGCGGUAUUUGCGGAGGAGACAAUUCCAGCUGCACAAAAGUCAUGGGAACAUUUACCAAAAAGAGUAAGGGCUACACAGACAUAGUGAAAAUCCCAGAAGGGGCAACUCAUAUCAAAGUUCGGCAGUUCAAGAUUAAGGACCAGAGCAGGUUCACUGCCUACCUGGCCUUGAAAAAGAAAAAUGGUGAGUACUUGAUAAAUGGAAAAUACAUGAUCUCCACUUCGGAAACUAUCAUUGACAUCAACGGGACUGUCAUGAACUAUAGUGGCUGGAGUCACAGAGAUGAUUUCUUGCAUGCCAUGGGACAUUCGGCCACGAAAGAGAUUCUUAUUGUACAGAUACUUGCAACUGACCCAACUCAACCAGUGGAUGUCCGUUAUAGUUUCUUUGUGCCAAAGAAACAAGGGCAAAUGACUAAUUCUGUCACCAGCAAUGGCAGCACCAACAAAGUAACUCUGCAACUCAUGCAGCCACGGUGGGUUACGGGACCAUGGCUUUCUUGUUCUCGAACAUGUGACACAGGAUGGCACACCAGAACUGUCCAGUGCAAGGAUGGGCAUGGAAAAUUAGCUAAAGGAUGUCUCCUCUCACAGCGACCGUCAGCAUUUAAACAGUGCUUGUUAAAGAAGUGUUAA